AAAAGAAGUUGGACCAUUUCUUCAAAAGGCAAGAAGCCUAACUCCAGGCGGCCAAAACGAGGCGGGCGCAGUCCUGCACCAUCACCGCACUUCACCGCGCAUCGCCAGAGACCCGCAAUCCUUCCUUACGAACAUCCUUGUUAACGUUGCUAAACGCCCACUGUGUUUCUCACGAAAUAUUUCAUUUAUCUAUUUAACAUCUGAUUUUAUAACCUAUGAUACAGCAGUAAUAUAAUCAGCACCUUCUAUUUGUUACUUGUUUAAUUUGUAGGCUUGAUAGAGAAGACAACAGCUGUUUUACUUAUAGUUUUAAUGACACUGGAGCCUAGCCAUGUUGGCUUCCGAUUUUACCCCUGAAGCCGUUAAAUGAACUGAAAUGAUUCAUUGAUGAGGUUAAAGAGUGAAUCUUAAAUUUAAUUCUAUUUACAAUGCUUGGAAGCACUGACAUGAGUAACCCCAACAUGUCUAGCCACACAAUAUCACCGGGCAAUGCAAGCCCUUCACGCCUCCCCAAUGAUCCAGUCAAUGGAGAUUCACGUAACAAAACCGACAAAGAAAACAACGAGUUCGUUUCAACUCAAGACACCAUCAUCGAAAAGAACAACAAAGGAAACGGCGACGAUACCUACAAUCUAUGUUGGAAAGAGUUCGCUUCAAAUCUUGGUUCGUUCUUCAGAGAAAUAAAAGACUCGGGCGAGUUUGUGGACGUGACUUUAGCAUGCGAGGGACGGCAAUUGCCCGCCCACCAAGUGGUUUUGUCGGCCGCAAGUCCCUUCUUCAGGCAACUACUUAAGGGAAAUCCGUGUCAACAUCCUAUUGUGAUCCUGAACGAGAUCCGGUUCCGUGAGUUGGCCCCACUGCUUCAGUACAUCUACUGCGGUGAAGUUGAGGUCCCGAGGAACUUGGUACCCGAGUUUCUGAAGACUGCAAAGUACCUUCAGGUUCGCGGGCUGCAAUCUGAAGUGGACGACUCAGUUGUCAUCAAUACAACCGACGAUAGCGAGAAAGAAAUGAAGAUUAAAAGUCCUUCUCCAGUGCCCACCAAGGAGGAACCCACUGUGGACCAGACUGUGGUUGUCACGUCAACCCAGUCUCCAAUCGUCCAGUCGCCCUCCAUCGAAGCCUCUACAUCGAUACCACCUUCCAAUGAGCCUAGAAAAAAUCAGGAAACCACUACGGGAUCAAUCAGAAUCACCCCAAAAAGCCCCCCUCCUAAAAAGUUAUGUGAAGAUGCAAAGGCAUCCAACUCAGUACCGUCAAGCCCUGUUCACAAGAAGCCGAAACUUUCGCUAAGCCAUUCCGUUUACGACAACUCACCUUCUCCUGGUCCUCGAAUGACACCGCCUAACUUACUGAACCACCCUUUGGCAUCUGCCCUCAAAACUACGCUUCCUCCCCAUGGCUUGCCUCCGCUUCCGGGAGUACCGAUGCCUCCGAUGCCCAUACCUCCCCCUAGUUUCUCGUCACAUACAUUGCCAUCAGCAUCUGCAGCCCAAGUCUUUAGCCAACACAUGUCGCAGCAGAUGUCUCAUCACUUCUCCCAGCAGAUGUCGCAUCACAUGAGUCACCAGUUGUCUCACCAUAUGUCCCAACAAAUGUCUCAACACAUGUCCCAGCAAAUGUCACAUCAGUUGUCUCAACAAAUGUCGCACCAAAUGAACCAGCAGUUGUCCCAGCACCUACCACAGGUUCCGAUGGACGACGCAAGCGACACGUGCGCAUCAGACAAGUCUGAGGACCGCAGCCACUCUAGACCUGACCAAGAUGGCGACGAAGAAAUGGACGGAAAUUCACUGGAAAAAAUGUCAGGGCUUGCUAAUAUGGCAGCUCUGAAAGGCUUGGGCGGCUUCCCAGGCCCGUCAGGCCUCAUGGGCUUACCAGGCAUCGGCGCCUCCCCACAUCCUGACUCCAGCCCCGGCCGCCCCCGCUUUGACUUCUACCGCGUACGAGCCACAGAUCCUCGACCCUGCCAGCUCUGUGGCAAGAUCUACAAGAACGCGCACACUUUGCGCACUCACAUGGAAGACAAGCACUCCAACUGCAACGGCUUCCGCUGCGUUCUGUGUGGCACAGUCGCCAAAAGCCGGAACUCCCUCCACUCACAUAUGAGUCGUCAGCACAGAGGCAUUAGUACCAAGGACCUGCCUUUGCUUCCCAUGCCUUCUCCAUGGAGCCCAGAGAUCGCUUCGAAAUACAUCCAUAUUGUGGGCGGCGUUGGUGAAGUUGUACGGCAGAAUUACCGCAGGCCUGACCGUGAGAGGGUGGAUGGGUCGGACGGUAACAGCAGAUCAGCUUCUUCCUACCACGAAAACGGAGCCUUGUCACCGUUCAUCAAGUCCGACGACAUGAAGGACUCGCGUGGGUUUGACCCCAUAGGACGACAGUUCGACAUGGGGGGAUAUGGAGGAAUUAAACCGCCGAUCCCCCCAUCCCUGCUCGAUACAUACCUCCAGAUGGUCCGUGCUACAGGUGGGGACUUCAUGCCUCCCGGGAUGAUGGGUGGAAGACCUACAUCUGUUCUUGACUUGACGAGAGCCACGUCGCCUAAUCGUAUGGACGAUGACGAGACGCGAGCGUCAGAUAACUACACUGACGAUGACAGCGGAGGGAUGGACGAGAAACAGAAUGGCAACAGUAGGCGUCCUUCUGUGGCAACAGGCGCACGUUCGCCGGCAUCGGAUGAAAACGAAGGCAGCAAAUGGCAACUGCAUUAGGACCUGCAACGCACUUUGCUUGGUAUUUUAGUCCCUGUACCUGCGCCUAUCGCUAGUGUCUUAGAUUUGUCCACAAUUCGAUUCAUUUCGCGCUUUAGUGGCUUCUUGCAUCCUUUACGUAAAAGUCCUUACGUAAAAGUCCUACUGUCGCAUCAACGUAAAAGUCCUUCAUCUCACUUAAUAUGUGUCCAGGAUCAAUUACAACGUUGUCUCACUUCAUAAUUCAGGAACGAAUUUGUCGCGUGUUCAGAACAUAGGUAAUGAAUUAAACAACUUUAUUUAUGUUUUAUCUAUUGUGCUUGUCCCUUCUUGCUAACUUAAUUCCGUGAAUUAGACAACGUAAUUUCAGGUAAUAUGCAAAGAUUCAGCUACAAGUAGAAAUUCUAGAAUCAAUUUAAUGGUCACAAUAUUUAUCUACCAUACUUUCAAUGGUUGUUUAUUCUGUAUGAAGUUAAAUUCAAGUUUUUUGCUAUUCACGUCGUCGUUGAUCGUCCUGUUGUGUAAACUCUCCGUCCAUUCCACGUCCCUUGCUCCUACCUAUUUAUGUCCCUCCCAAAUGUCUGUGACUCUCUCAAUGAAAUUAUUUUUCAAAUAACCUCUAAAAAUAUAAGACUUUUUGUAUGUAUUGUGAAGAUCCAUCUCAAGAACAGUCAUAAAUUUUAACUCAAUUAUUCAACCUCAAUAAUUAAUUUUUUGUUUCAACUAUAAUCAGUUGUGCUCUGCGUGAAAACAUGACUGGCGAUAAAUGAAAGGUAAUAGUACUCUUAAGUUACUCAUAAAUUUCUAAUUUAUGUGCCUAGAGCUACCGGACCUGCAUUAUAGAUUUAAUUUUGUAAUCUUAAGACCUCACUAUGAUGUAGGCCGUGUUUGGCAUCGUACAAUAAUGCCAGAUUUGAUAGCGAUACAAUGUGGUAAGCUCUAGGCCAGCGCGCUAUUGUAAGUCUCUGGCCAUCGUUAACUGUAGAGUGCCUAUGUUAAGUUAGGGUAGCACUGUUGCUAGCAUUGAAACGUACAUAACUACAUCUACAAUAUUGCAUAUAACGCAACUCCAGGGUUUGCCUUCCAUUUUUUAUGAAAUUAUCUUUAAUACUUUUGAUGCUUAGGGAACAGCAUAUACCAUAUUUAACAAUUCCAUGUGAGAAAAAUUUGGUCAACAAAACCCCACCAUAUACCUUCAUUGGCUGAUCACAUGAACAAAGACCACAAAGUUUGUGCUGAGACAAUGCACCAAAAGUUGAUGUAAAAGGUAAACAAAUAACUCAUUCCCCAAUAACUAAUCUUACUUCAUCGUUACAACUACGUUUCAUGUACUAACCGCCAUCAUUCAUUUCUUUCUCGGCGAAUAUAUUCUUCUCACUCAUUCCGUAUUGUCCGUAUAUACAAAUUAUACACAGAAGGCAAGCCCUGGAUAACGUUGAUUGUAAUGCACCGCAGCUCGUUUCGUCGGAAAAAUCUUCAAAUUUUUAUUUUCAGUGUCACGGGAACACUUGUUACUUAACAGCAGCGCUGUCGCUUUUGUGGUGACUUAUUGAAGUGAAUACUUGUUUUCCAGCCGUAACUCCGUACGUUUUCUUUGCAUUGAAAACACAAUAAAUAAUAAAAUUUAUUUUCAU